AUGAAUUAAGAAGACAUCUUUUUAAAGAAAUAAUGGUUUAUAAAGUCUUGUGAAGGAAAGAUAGAAUAAUUUUAUGAUAUAAAUCUUAAAAAAGUAUUGAAUAUAUUGAUAGUAUUAAGGUAAUUGGAUCUGGUACAUAUGGAAGUGUAGUGAAAGCUGCAUUAAAAGGAACUAAAUAAUAACGUGCUGUUAAAGUAAUUCCAAAAUCUAAAGUCAAAAAUCCUGAAAGAUUUAAGAGAGAAAUUGAUAUUUUGAGAGCUUUGGAUCAUCCAAACAUAAUAAAAUUAUAUGAAACAUUUGAAGAUUAAAGAAAUGUAUAUUUAGUAAUGGAGUAAAUCUAAGAUUAAUUUUGAAUAGGUUAUGUGAAGGAGGAGAAUUAUUUGAUAGAAUCAUGGAUAAAGGAUAUUUCAAUGAAUCAGAAGCACAUACAAUAUUUCUUUAGAUUAUGCAAGUAUUUUAAUAAAUAAAUUUAGGCAUUGAAUUAUUGUCAUUCAAAUGGAAUUUGUCAUAGAGAUUUGAAACCAGAAAACUUUUUAUUCUUGACAAAAUCAGAAGAUUCUCCACUUAAAGUUAUUGAUUUUGGAUUGAGUAUUCUUUUUGAAGAAGGACCUUAAAAGCCUGGAACAUAAAAAGUUUCUAUGAAAACUAAAGCUGGAACUCCUUAUUAUAUUUCUCCUGAAGUUUUGAAAGGGAAUUAUGAUGAAUUAUGCGAUAUUUGGUCAGCUGGAGUAAUAUUAUAUAUUUUAUUGUCUGGUGUUCCACCCUUUUAUGGAGACACUGAUCCUGAAAUUUUGGAAGCUGUAUAAAAAGGUUAAUAUACAACUGAUAUUCCUGAAUUCAAAUUUGUUAGUGAUUCAGCUAAAGAAUUAAUUGCAAAUAUGAUCACAUCUCCAGAUAAAAGAUAUAAAGCAUAACAAGUUUUGUAACAUAAAUGGAUGAAAGAAAAGAAUAAACCAAAUAAAGAACUUAAAUUAAAUUAUGGUGCUUUGAAAAAUUUUGUAGGAAGUAAUAAAUUAAAAAAAGUUGCCCUUACUUUUAUUGCCUCAUAAUUAAAUGAAUAAGAGAUUACACAUUUAGGAAAGUAUAAAAAAUAUAUAAUUAGAUUAUUUAAAUAAUUAGAUAAGAAUGGAGAUGGAGUUUUGACAAUAGAAGAAAUUAGAGAAGGAUUAAUAGGAAUGAGUGACGAUUAAUCAAAAGAAUUAGCAAAUGUUAUUAAAAGUAUUGAUACUGAUGGAAAUGGUAAUAUUAAUUACACUGGUAUAUAUUAAUCAUUAUUUCAAUAGAAUUUUUGGCAGCAACUAUGGAAAAAUAAUUAUACAUGAAAGAAGAAAAAUUAUAUUAAGCAUUUAAAAUGUUAGAUUUAGAUGGAAGUGGUAAAAUAGAUAAAAAAGAAUUGUAAUAAGUUCUUGGAAGUAUUAAAUUAAUCUAUAUUUAGAAUCUGAUAAAAUAAUUGAUGAAAAAUAUUGGGAUAAUAUGAUUAAGGAGGCUGAUAAAAAUGGAGAUGGAGAGGUAAAUUUAUUUUAAUUUUUAAUAGAUUGAUUAUAAUGAAUUUAUUGAAAUGAUGGAUAGAUUUAGUAUAAUGAAUUGAGAUAGUCU